CUGUGAGAAUCACCCUUCCAUUGUUAUAAUCCAUUGGAGAACCAUGGACAAACAGCAGAUCCAGAGUCUUUGGACCAGCGCCCAGAACUCCCUGGAGGGCUUCCAGAAGACCAAAUCAGAGACCUCCCGGAGAGAAGCUCUGGCCAAGCUCACCAAGCUUCAACGAGCACUAGAGCAGCCCAAGGAUGCCAUCCUGAAGCUGUCGUACCAGCCAAUGGUCUUCAUGGCCCUCAAGGUAGCCCACGACAUGAAGGUCUUCCCAGUGCUAGCAAAUGCGACAUCGCCCGUCUCAGCGAAGCAAUUGGCAGCCGCCAAGCCAGCUAAUCCUCUACUCAUUGAGCGAAUCAUGCGCCUCCUGGUGUCCUUUGACAUUGUCGAAGAGCCCGAGCCGGGCACCUACCUCCCCACUGCCAUUGCCAAGGAGAUGGUGAACCGACCAUCUAUCGGGACAGUGGAAUCUUUGUUCUGCGAAUUCCUCCCCAUAAUGCAAAAGACCCCUGAAUACCUCGAAGCUACAAACUACCAGAACCCCGAAGACCCGUUAUGUUCGCCCCUCCAGUUCACCCACAAUGUUCAGCAGGACGGUUUCUCCUGGCUGUGUGAGCAUCCGGAUGCCCUCAUCCGGUUCAACAAUUUCAUGGAGGGUCAGCGUGCCAACCGCCUCCACUGGGGUGACUGGUUCCCCAUGCAGGAGCAGAUCCUCGCGGGUGUCGACAAGAACCCGGAGCGGGUGCUCCUGGUCGAUAUCGGUGGUGGUCGCGGCCAUGAUUUAAUGCUGUUCCAGAAACGGUUUCCGGAUGCUCCAGGCAAGCUGGUGCUGGAAGACCUUCCUUCGGUGAUUGAUGAGGCUACUCCAGAACUGGACGCUUGUGGCAUUCAAGGCGUCAAGUACGACUUCUUCAAGGAGCCUAACCCGGUCAAGGGCGCUCGUGUUUAUUACUUCAAAUUUGUCUUCCACGACUGGUCAGAUGAGAAGGCCCGCGUUCUCCUGAACUAUGUCAUCGAAGCCAUGGAGGCUGGGUACUCCAAGCUGGUAAUCGAAGAGUACAUCCUCCCAGACAGGAAUGCUCAAUUCCUCCACGGGACGACAGACAUGGCGGUGAUGAUGUUCUGUUCGGGACUGGAGCGCACCCGCCAACAGUGGAAGAAUCUCCUGGAGUCUGUGGGACUCCAGCCCACUUUCUGGACGCGCGAGGGCGAUGGCCUGGGGAUUAUUGAGUCGGUGCUGCCGGCUGCCAACGGAACCAACGGGGCGGCUCACUAGAUUAGGUAGAUGCUAAGAUGAUAGUUCUCAUGCUGGAUGAAGGCAUUCAACCUUAAUGAGAAUGUAAUGGAACCCAUGACCCUAUUCGAAAUGC